AUAAUUUUAUAUCUCACGUGGCCACCUAUGUGCCAUUGCUUUAUCUUUCAGUGCGGCGUGGUCGGUUCCAUUCCGGCAUCUUCCUUUUCUAAGCUGCGGACUCAACUUCUUCACCAAAUUUAUUCUAUGCAAUCAAAGCAAACCCAAGUUUGGAACCUUGAUAUAUAGUUCUAGCUAGCUUGGCAUAAUCAAAAGCAAGGUGCAAACUUCACCCUUCACUCCUAUAAUUUGCAUGGCAUCAAACAGUGCAAGAUUUAGAUACUAGAGUGACAGCUGGCAUAUUGAGACAGUGGAAUUCAAAACUAGGAGUUUCAUUGAUGAAGGUUAGAAAGGAAACAACUCAACAAUGAAAGAAAUACAAUGAUCAAUAGCACAAAAGAAGCAGAUUUUUCACUAAAACAGGAAGGUGUUUCAAGUGAUGAAAAGGCAAAGGCUUCAUCAAGCACAUCACAAUGGCUAAAACUGAAGGAUCCAAGGAUUGUACGUGUAUCUCGAGCCUUUGGAGGGAAAGAUAGACAUAGCAAAGUAUGCACAAUUAGAGGACUAAGAGAUAGGAGGGUAAGGCUUUCAGUUCCCACUGCCAUUCAUCUCUAUGACCUCCAAGAUAGGCUAGGACUUAGUCAACCUAGCAAGGUUGUUGAUUGGUUGCUCAAUGCAGCUAAACAUGAAAUUGAUGAACUUCCUCCACUUCCAAUACCCCCAGGUAACUUCACCCUUGGUUAUCCAUCUCUUGUUACUUGUAAUGAAGUUAGCACCUCUAGAGAAGGUUCAGGCCAAAACACUAUAUGGAAAUCAAAGUCCAAAGAAGUUUCCGGAGAAAUGGUUAGUGAUAAAGAAAAUUGGAUAAAUAGAAGUGAAGAAGCCGAUAACAAUAAACAUGGAAGCAAUGAUUGUCCUAGUGCACAUGUUUUGCCAAAUAAUCUUAACCCAAGAGCAAAUCAUCCUUCUUUUUUGGGCUUAUUGAACACUAUGCCAUUUGGUUACCAAUGGGAGACGAAUUCAGCUGAUGUAGCUCAAUUGGCAAACCAUGGAUUUGUAAACCAAACAGAUAUACACAGCAUUAAUGUGGUUCCAUUCCCAUCAACAUUGGCUUUAUCAACUGGGAGUACUACUUCACAAAUUUUGGUGUGUCCUCCUGGAUCAACACAACCAUAUUUCCCUUCACAUGUUGCAGCAAUGGAGAUGAAUCCAAGACAAAUUAACCACAAUCAGAUGCUGAGUUCAAGUUGUCAAAACCCUUUGACCAAUUCACUCGGUUCAUCACAACACCUCAUGAGCCAAUCAGGGAAAGUACCAUUCAACUUGGGUAGGCCUAAACUUUUCCAUUCUCCUAACAGCAGUGAAAGCCAUUCCCAAAAACACCAGGAUUUUGCUUCCAAGUAAUACACAAAUAGUGCAAAAGUUAUUGAACUAAAUUGUCCUCCUCACCAAGUAUGCAUGGAUCACGAGGGCAGUGAUAGGUUAAUCAAUUAGUUGCAAGAUAUGAUUCAAUGUUAUGGGGUUUGAAUAAUAAUUCUGUUUUUGUCAUUUUAUGUUUGAUUUUCUGAUGUUUAAUUCCUGUGUUUAUAUAGAUCAAACAGGUAAAACUUAGUUUUUGCAUUCAGUUUAAUCUAUAUGGAUCUCGUGCAAAGGUCAACGAAAGAAUGGCGUUUUCAAGGUUAAGAGCUUUUUCUGAAGCGAUAAUAUGAUUGCUACACGAAAGAUAACAUAUGCUCAGAUAAGUUCACUCUCUCCUCGACAUUGAGAAAGGUUGGAAGGUGAUCAAAUUUGUAAUAUCAUAUUGAUAGUACCUUUGGAAUUUUUUUUUUUCUAAACAUUUUGUGUUUGAAUGAAACGGGAUUUUUUAGUAUC